UACCGCAUUUCUAACCAGACAGCAAACAGAAAUCAGAGGAUCGAAGAUUCAGUCUGAUACAAAAAAUAUUCUUGAAUAUUCAUUUGAAUGCCAGCUUGGAAAAUGAGCGAUAUGGUAACGUUGAUCUUUCUGCUAUUAGUGUUUUCAAAAAUCCCAAGUGGAGAGUCUAAAUUGUGCGAGCAAACUUCAGUGUCUGAGAUAAAGAAGAACAUUAUCGACCAAUUGUCUUGCUGGAAGGACCAAACGGACAUGCAAUAUAAGAGGUAUAACUCUGAUCAGACCGGUGAAGGUAACGUCUACAGAUUCAGAAGCUGUAAUGAACUCCGAAAUGUCAACAAUGAUAUUAAAGAUGGGGUUUAUACUCUGACCACUGAACAUGGAAUGACCUACCAGACUUUUUGUGACAUGACCACUAAUGGUGGAGGUUGGACUUUGGUGGCCAGUAUUCAUGAGAACAACAUAAAUGGCAAGUGCACAUUUGGUGAUCGAUGGUCCAGUCAACAGGGGAAUGAUCCCAACAACCCAGAGGGUGAAGGAAACUGGGCAAACUAUGCCACUUUUGGGACACCUGAAGGAGCCACAAGUGAUGACUAUAAGAAUCCUGGAUAUUAUGAUAUUAGUGCUAAAGAUGUGAGUGUGUGGCAUGUUCCCAACAACACACCACUGCCUUAUUGGAGAAAUGCAUCAAUCCAAAGAUACAGGACAGACACUGGCUUUUUAGAACAAGAAGGAACGAACCUCUUUCAUUUGUAUAAGAAAUACCCAGUGAAAUACAAUGCUGGAACCUGCCCUCAAAAUAACGGUCCAGCUAUACCUAUUGUAUAUGACUUCGGAGAUACUGAAAAGACAACCAACUUCUAUUCACCAAGUGGAAGAGGACAGUUUAUUGCUGGUUUUAUUCAAUUUCGUGUCUUUAACCAUGAAAGUUCAGUCCAAGCUCUUUGUCCUGGAAUGAAAGUUAUAGGAUGUGAUUCGGAACAUCAUUGUGUUGGAGGAGGAGGAUAUAUUGUACUGAUUAGACAAUGUGGAGACUUCAACUCAUUGGAUUGGGAUGGUUAUGGGACACACACAGGAUGGAGCUCAAGCAAAGAAAUUACAGACUCAGCUAUACUGCUCUUUUACCGUUAAUACAGAAAGAAAAAAAAUGUGACUCAAUGAAUUAAACUGAUCACAUGUGAAUAAAUGAA